CUGUAGACUUGACUUUUGGACGGUUCGGUUUUCAUAGGCUAAAGGACAACAUAUAGCCUAGGCCUAAAAGGAAACUGCCUAUUCAAGACGACUAUUUGUCUGUGUGUUUAAGUCAUAUUUACAUUGAAUAGCACUGGGGAAAACCCUUGUUUACCUUCACUUUAAGGUGGGGCGUUUCUCUACAGGUGCGCUGCCUCCGCUCAGGUACACAGGAUGAGGCAUCCUCCCGUUAUACAAGCUGUAAGCAGCAGUAUUGUUUCCACGAUGGACCUGCUAAAGUGUUUAGGUGGGUGCGUGUAUCUAUUUUUGAGCGCAAUCGUAUUUGACGUUAUUGGUCUGAUUCUCCUUUUACUCGGAAUAUUCGCCAAUCUGCGCAUCGACGGCCGCUUUUAUGGCGACUUCUUGAUCUACUCCGGCUCACUGCUCAUUUUCUUCAGCCUGGGCUGCUGGCUUAUGUGGUACGUGGGGAACAUCCCUGUAUCGGAGGACGACGGCUUUAAGCAGACGAGCAGUAUCGUGAAGCUGGCCAGGGCUUUAUCCACGAAGUUAAGCCAGAAGCUCAAAGGGGAAGAACGUGUGAAAUGUGUUGAGGAUGAGGACUGCAGUCAGGUGGGGUCACCUCCACACAAAGCCAGCAGGGUGACGUGGGGCAGGUCAACAGCCUACCACAAUGAGGGGUAUGAUGGCAGUCUGGACUCAUCACUAUGGAGAAAGAAAAAGGAGAAAAACAGGAGAUCUAAAUGAGCACCACCUGAAUGGGUACCUUCAUAUAAAAAUAUUCUUUCUGUGGGUUGAGUGUGGGCAUGUCUGCUUUGAUAAAUAUCAUUUCAACUAAA